AUGUCUGAUCCGGCUGCAUCUAUUUCAACUGGUUUGGAAAACGUCGUGAUCCCUAGCGAUCCUCCUGAGACCUCUGAACAUAGAACUGCCAUUCAACACGAUGAACAUAUCGCCCGCCUGACUCAAGAAAUUGAGAAUCUACGUGGAGAACUGAAUCGGGUUAGGGACUUGACCAAUUUGUCUAUCACACUCCAAAGUCCACCUCCUGAACCUAGAACUGUCGCACCAAAUCCACCUCGCUUUCCAUCACUUGAAUCUCCAGUCCCUGAACAUUUUCCUCCACAAAAUAAUAUACCUACCAACAACAACUUUCCUCCAAUCACCCCCGCAAAUCCACCAAAUCCAUCGCCCGUUUAUAUUCCUCCACAAAAUCAACCACCUACCUACAAUACCUACGCUACUCCUAAUCCACCACCUGUCAACCCACCAAAUCAAUCACAAGUUCAUACUCCUUAUAUUCCGUUACCUACCAAUACUAAUCCGCCACCUACCACUACUCCUCAAAACCCACCAAACCAGCUACCUACAAACACCGCUUAUAACACACCACCACCAGUCCAAAACACUCCCACUGUCCAAACUUAUCCAACCCAGCAUAUACAAGGGGCACAUUUUGUCAUUCCUAAUGCACAAUAUGUUCCUCCGGUAUAUGCUUGUGGAAACACAAGCCCGUACUAA